AUGGUUGAAAAACGAGUAUCGAAUGAGGCGGGGUUCGUUUUAGAAAAAGUGGGCGGAGUUUCACAUUCUGAUGUGUUUUUGAAGGUCGAAAUCUCAUACUAUGAUCAGAAAGUCAUAGGAAACGGAUCGUUCGGAGUCGUGUUCCUUGCAAAACUGUCGACAACCAACGAGAUGGUGGCAAUCAAAAAAGUGCUUCAAGACAAACGAUUCAAGAAUCGAGAAUUGCAAAUUAUGCGGAAGUUGAACCAUCCAAAUAUCGUCAAACUCAAGUAUUUCUUCUAUUCAAGUGGUGACAAGAAGGAUGAAUUGUAUUUGAAUCUGAUACUCGAAUACGUUCCAGAGACUGUCUACAGAGUGGCCCGACACUAUUCGAAACAACGACAACAGAUUCCAAUGAUCUACGUGAAGUUGUACAUGUAUCAACUUCUCCGUUCACUCGCCUACAUCCAUGGAAUCGGAAUCUGCCAUCGUGACAUUAAACCACAGAAUCUGCUCAUCGACCCGGAGACUGGAGUUUUGAAGCUCUGUGAUUUCGGAUCGGCAAAGUAUUUGGUACGCAACGAGCCGAAUGUCUCCUACAUCUGCUCCCGUUACUAUCGUGCUCCGGAGCUCAUUUUUGGAGCCACUAACUACACGAACUCGAUUGAUGUCUGGUCUGCUGGAACAGUGAUGGCAGAACUCCUCCUCGGUCGACCAAUCUUCCCAGGAGAUUCUGGAGUCGAUCAGCUAGUGGAGAUCAUUAAAGUGCUCGGAACACCGACUUGUAAGUAUUGA